GCUUCCCGUAACCCUCAUCAUUUUGGUGGGGGCGCUGGGAUCGGUCCUCUUCGCAGAUGAGGAGACCGAAGCAAAUCCCUCUGCCCUCUCUCAGCCCAUUUCCUCAUCUGUAAAACGGAAUGGGAAGUCACAUGUUUUGAACUCCUGAACCCAAGCCCUCUUGCUUUCAUGGAACCGCAGUAAUGCCUGUGACCAUGGAGACAUGUGAUGAAUGUCAGGUUCCAGGAGCAGUUCCAGAAGAGCGAUGCUGUUCGUGUAUAAUUCGUUUCCCCUCACAAUACCUCAUCUCUUAGGCUGAACCCAGUUUACCUGUAUACCCAUUUUACAUAUGAGGAAACUGAGGCUCGGAGAGACGAAGUAACAGGCUCAAGGUUACCCAGCCACCAAGAGUGGGACAUAAACCCGGGCCGUCUGGCUACGGAGGCUGCAUCCUUGGCCUUUAACCUUGCUGGCAACCUGAUGUCAAAGUUGUACCUUUGAUAGGGCUGCCUAUCACCCACCCAGGAGGGCACUAGCGUUGCCUUCUCAGCUCACAGCUCCGUGAGCUGACGUGCACGUUCUCCAGCUCACCCGGAGGGAUCUGGUUUCCACCCAUGCUCUUCCCUCUGCCGUGAGAGGACCCUCUUGGGCCAAUUUCAGAGGGUGGGAGUGGGGGGAGACGUGUGCACGAAGUGACUUCUCCGAGCCCCGGAUGUUGGGCGGUGCGGCACAGUUCGUUAAGCAUGUUCAGGCCACCAGCGCCUUCCUCUGUCCACGGAGCCAGCUGGGCCCCUCUCUGGGCUUUGUGGGCCCUGGAGGCCCUGACCCAGCCACCCGUCCUGCCUGCGUCCCUCUGCACUCCUUCAGCCCCAUCGGGCCACCAGCCCCAGAUUCCCACCUCUGCGCUCUUGCCUAGCAAAAGCAUCUCACUCCGCUAUAAAUCCUCCACACCCUUCAGAACCGAGUUUCAAUGCCACCUCUGCCAUGAAGCCCACCCUGAUUGCCCCCAGCUGAGGAAGAAGACGGGACCUGGGAGAGGGGAAAGGGAUGGGUGUUUGUUGAAUGCCUGUGCCAGACAUGUGACAUACUCUCAUGCCAUUUUAUAGUUCAUCCUCGCUCCAUUUUACAGGAAGAAAUGGGGGGAGGACCCGCCCCGGGUCACACGGCUAGGAAGGCUGAGGUUUUUGGACUCUUGGUCCACCGCUGGACCAGGGUGGACCUUCUUCCUCUUGCCUCCUUCCCGGGGAUCCCCGAGGGGGGCACCCUGGCCUCUCCCUCCCAGCCGAGGCCAAUGCUGCUGACACCUCUCCAUUGGAGCCACAAGCAGGGCUGGCUUUUGUUCCUGUCACUCACUUGCUGAGUCAGGGCUCUGUCCCCCGAGGGGCCCUCUCUCCUCCCUGCCUAUAAGAGCCUGACCUUGGCCGUUCCCGGGUCUGGCAUGUUCUCUGGGUCCGUCUCGGAAACGAGCGGCAUGUCUCUGCAGUGCACCAAGUCGGCGGGACACUGGAAGAUCGUGGUGUGGGAUGAGGAGGGCUUCCAGGGCCGGCGGCAUGAGUUCACGGCUGAGUGCCCCAGCGUGCUGGAGCUUGGCUUUGAGACUGUUCGAUCUUUGAAAGUGCUGAGUGGCGCGUGGGUGGGUUUUGAGCACGCCGGCUUCCAAGGGCAGCAGUAUGUGCUGGAGCGGGGCGAGUACCCAUCCUGGGACGCCUGGAGCGGCAACACGUCCUACCCCGCCGAGCGGCUCACCUCCUUCCGGCCCGUGGCCUGCGCCAACCACCGUGACUCGAGGCUGACCAUCUUCGAGCAGGAGAACUUCCUGGGCAGGAAAGGAGACCUGAGUGAUGACUACCCCUCCCUGCAGGCCAUGGGCUGGGAUGGCAAUGAAGUGGGCUCCUUCCACGUCCACUCGGGGGCCUGGGUCUGCUCCCAGUUUCCUGGCUAUCGAGGUUUUCAGUACGUGCUGGAGUGUGACCACCACUCAGGCGACUACAAGCACUUCCGGGAGUGGGGCUCUCACGCCCAGACCUUCCAGGUGCAGAGCAUCCGAAGGAUCCAGCAGUGAGCAGAGGGGUCGGCGCUGAGCAGGGGACGCGUGCUUGUCUGGAACAGAGGAACCGCGGACGCUGCUGCCUGCUCUCUCCUCUGCCCGCCCCGUCACCCGUAUGCACCCAGUUAAUCCCGUGGGCCAGUCCACGCACAGUCAGCACGAAAAACUAAAAGUAAUACUAAAAUAAAAGGUCUAGUGUUA